AUGGCAGACAGUGCUCUCCCACGUCCACCAGCAUACCACCAACCAGCAUUCAUCCCUCCACCACCACCUCGCCGGCGCCGGAGAUCCUGCUGCUACCGUUGCUUCUGCUGCUGUUGCUGCUUCCUUCUCAUCCUAAUCCUCCUCCUCGCCGGAUCCAUCACUGCCUUCACCCUCUGGCUUUCCCCAUCCCUCCCUUCCAUGCACCUCAACCACCUCAACCCUUCCAACAAUGGCACCAUGUCCCUCUCCCUCUCCGUUAAAAACCCUAACGUCCGUCCCAUCCGUUUUGUCUACCGUGCCAUGAACGUUAGGGUUACGUCAAAGGAUGGGGAGCUUGUUGGGUUGGGGACUGUGCCUGGGUUCUCUCAGGGAAGGAGGAAUACUACUGGGUUGAAGGUGAAUGCAAAGGUGGUGGAUGUGAAGGAGAUGAAGAAGGAGAAGGUGGUGAAUGUUUGGGUGGAUUGUUACAUGGGUGUUUUGUUUCAAGGAGUUAAGUCUAGUGAGUUUGGAGUUACUUGGUUUUGUGAUCAGGUUGAUGUUCCUACGUCUGAUCAAGCUGCUGCUGCUGAUGGACGUCAAUGUGUCCUCAUGUUUAACUUUGCAAAAAAUGGGUAA